AUGGCAACCUCCUUUCCUAAAACAUUGGUUGACGAUGACUUUCCCUUUCGGAUAGUCUCCCAUUUGAUUCCUGUCCAUUCAUUUCGCGAGUAUCAACAAGGGAUUAUUGACGAAACCAAAGAUGUCUACUUGGCAGUAAAACAAUACAUACCUUUGAUAAAUCAGCCUUUAAAUGAUUCGGAUCCCAUAACAAUCGUCUCAGCGCCUGGAGUGGGCUUUCCCAAGGAGAAUUACGAGCCACUCUUUGAGCAGGUGCUUCGCAAAACGUCGCUUGCUGGAUUGAAUAUUCGAUCUAUUUGGAUCGCAGACCCCUUUAAUAUGGGUGAGAGUGCAGUGGCCAAUCAAGAAAACCUAGGCCGGGAUGCAUCAACAGUUGAUCAUUCCCGUGAUCUCUGGGGUAUGAUAAAUCAUUUCCGCCAUCUGAUGCCGAAACCAAUUGUGGGCCUCGCCCAUUCGAUGGGAUGUUCUGAGAUGCUGUUACUUUCAUCUUGGCAUCCAAGUUUAUUUCAUUCAUUCGCCUUCAUCGAGCCCGGUAUCGAUCCUGACUAUGGGAGGACAGCAAUGGCGAAAUGGAUUUCUCAAACCCUUCAGCAAGGAGAUUUCUGGGAUACCCGGGAAGAAGCCGAAGAAGCACUAGUCAAAUCUCAAAUGGCUCAUUCCUGGACCAAGAAGACUUUGGCAAGGCUAAAGCACUAUGGUGUCUACUUAGUCAAGACGGAGACUGGCCUAAAGUGGACGUUAACAACUCCGAAGUAUCAGAUCGCAGUUGUGGUUUUUCGACGUAUACCAAAGUCCGUCCAUGUUAGUUCUGAUGACCUGGCGAAUUUAACUCUGGCGCAGCGGGAGUUGGUCCCGGAUCUUGAUCCAAAUAUCGCUUUACAAGGCCGCUUAUUUUAUCGGCCUGAGCUCCAGCAUUCCUGGGAUCUGCUACCUAAAAUGCGACCCUGGGUACUCUAUGUCAAUGGUAGUAGCUCACCCCAUUUUGGAGACCCUUCAACGCGAGACCUUAGAGCACAAAUCACUGGUACAGGACUGGGUGGAAAUGGGGGUAUAAAACUCGGUGCAGUUCAGCAGAUUAUCAUGGAGGGUGCAGGCCACGAUAUGCCAUUCAAUGAUAAUAUUGAACAGCUCUCUGUUCAUAUAGUAGAUUGGUUCACGAAGGAAAGUCGGCGAUGGGAUGACGGCGCUGGUAGGCGUCUUCGUGAGUGGAGAGCAGAAAGUCCUGGGGAAAAACAUAAAGUCACCCAAGACUAUGCUGCUUCUUUGCCUGGGGAGAUGGCGGCAAGGAAAAAACCAGCAAAGUUAUGA